AUGAAGUACAAAACAUCCGUACCGAAGCACCUGUCUCAAAGGGCUUGGAAUAUACUGUGGAAGUCGCGGUAUGCUGAUUUCCUUGAUGUCUCGCGCCGCGAGACGCACUUGGCCAAACUCAACCGAGAUUUCCUCAAGGCACCAACAUCUCCGGUCGCUGGGCAAGUGGCAUAUAGCAUCGAACAAAAGUUCAUGGCUGGCAUGCAAGAACAAGCUCUCGACAUGUGGGCAGGUAGUCGACAUGACUUUGCUACGGCACCCGAGUAUCUGGAUGUGGGCACAAGACUGUACGCGCUUGCUGGCCAUGCGGACCAAUCACGGGAUAUCAUGGAUCAUCUUCUUCAGUUAGACCCGAACUGGGACCCGACUAUAAUAAUGGCAGUAUUCCGCGCAUACACCAGCUCGGGCCUGGACCAGCACAUUGAUAAAGCGAGGGAGAUGUAUCGUGCUAUCAAGGAAAGAAUGGGGACUGAAAGUGUACUCGAGGCAUACGAUUCCUGCAUGGUUGGAUUCCUGGAAACAAGAUCGCUGCCAGAUGCGAAGCGAGUGUUCCAAGACAUGAUUCGUGCGGGCUGCCUGGAGACCACAGGAUCCGAAUCGCAUGUUCAAGGAGUCAUCCGGAGACUCAACUUGCUGUAUGCUCUGGGCACCAACAUAACAAGCAUGAGUGGGAUUGCAUUGGAUGCUAUCGAUGUCUUACCUGUGGCAUAUCAUGGACACAUAUUCACCGACUGGAUGAAGUCUGCGCUGGCUGAACGGUCCCCAGAAGCCGCUGCUCAUAUUCUCGACAGUAUGAUCCGUCGAGGUUAUCGACCUGUUACUGAAGAUUACAACCUGCUGUUGAGAACUCUCUUCGGAACGAAGCUACCUGACAAUAUCUUGAGGGCAGAGGAUAUUGGCUGGAAAAUGAUUGAAGAAGCUCGCCUAUCGUCAAUACCCACGGAGCAGCAUCCUUCGGGAAGUCGGGUCAAAGCUAUCGCAGAAAAAUUACAGAACGUCGGCAUGCUUGAUGGUAACUCAGCAGCCUCGGUGCCUGCGGCAAAUGCGACAACCUUUGCCCUCAUUAUGCGCCAUCAUGCCUCAAACUCACAAUGGGAACAUGUGGACUAUCUCACUAGACAGCUAAGGUUGGCUGAGGUUGAAAUAAACUGCGCUAUCAUGAAUGUUCUCAUUGAUAACAAAUGUCACAAAGGGCAGUUCCGCGAAGCAUGGCAGAUUUACACAUCAAUCACGGACGACCCUGACCGGGCUGGAACCGUGUACCCUGACGGUGAAACUAUGAGAAUUCUGUGGAAAACCCUUCGCAUUGCACUCAGCGAUCCAGCCAAUCGAGAGGAUCCAAAUCUGCCGACACCACGCAAACUACUCCGCGAAACAAUAGACUGGUGGAUGUUGGUUCGCCACAGACCUGACGCCCACCGGUUUAUCCAUGGCCUCGCUACCGAUAACAAGGGCGCCAUCACUAGACUGAUGCUGCACUGCUUCAGUUACGCACAAGACUUAGCCGGUGCCCUCGUGGCUUUGCACGUCCUCCGCCAGCAAUUCGAAAUAUACCCCACGCGGGACGCGGCGAGGAUAGUGAUACGGCAACAGGCAUGGCAGGCUAUGCACGACGAAACUGAGUCGGUUCGCAGACAAUUUGGUCUCAGUAAAAACAAUGCAAGAAACUUACAGAGACUUCAGCAUACAUACGAGCAUAUGUUCUGGCUCAGGCUACAGCGACUGGACAUUUCAGAGGAUAUGUACUGGGCGUACAGCUAUGAGGAAAAGGGCGAUUUCGAGCUCAACGCAAUAAGUGAGUUCGUCAGAUAUGCUCUGCAUGCACAAUGGUCGAUGGAGUCCGUCGAACGCCUGAUUUCGAGUGCUGCGACUGUAGCUGGAGUCCAGCACAUGUCGACUGGAGAUCGCACUGUCUUUGACAUUUUUAAUACCUCGCAGGUCUGA